UCCGUCAUCGUCAUAGCAACUAUCAUUUUAUAAUGAUUGCGGAUGACGGCACUCAAAGUUAUUGGGCUGGUAUCUUGGGUUACUCGCAUUCGGACUCAACGUAAGCGCCAUUUUAGUAGUUCCCUGGUGUAUAGGACUCAUUCAUCAGCGUCCUGAGCUGCAGAGCAGCGGACGCACAGUCCAACUUCCACUUCCCCCAUGCCAUGUGUCAGCCAGCUCUCAGUUGAGAUACCGAUACAUAAAUAAAUACUUCAUCGGUAUCUCAGGAGGCCGACCAUACCGAGUGUCCUCAAAUUACUUCCUGAUCCAGACUUUGGUAAUGAGGCUGUGACGGGUUUGAUGCCGUCACCCGUAGGUUUCCCCCACAGAGCACCGGAAGGAUUCGCCAACAACGAGGUUCUGUUGGUAACAUCUUUGUUUCACCACAGACCACUGCUCUGCUCCCUCUCCCCAGUCCCUACUGCUCUUUUAAGGGGACAGAUACAUACACGCGAUUGGUAAUCAGCCAGCCGCCGAGGCCAAUUAGACACCCCACCUCCACAGCUGCCACAGAGGCCAUUUUAACUGUGUUGCUCCUUCGGUUGACCUGCAGCAGCGUCGUGUUGGGCUCAGACUGAACAAUCAUUUGCAUAAAGUUUUGUUCAAAGUGUUUAAAUGUGAUCCGGACAGCCUGCUGCCACAGAGAGGAGACGUGAUAUCUUUAGAUACUGUCUCUCCUUGGAGACGCUCAGAGACAAACAUUGUUUCAUACAAUUGAUUUAUAUAUUUUCUCUAAUGUGGACGUUAAAAUGAUGAAUAAUCAUGAAGUCCUCUAGACGGAGACAGGAGGGAGAGAGUUUAAAGCCCUGAAAGUGGGUUUGAAUGUGACAAGCAGAAUAUUAUUAUAGUUUACGUAUGUGUACAGAUUGUAAAGCCCUCUGAGGCAAAUUUGAAAUUCGUGACAUUGAGCUAUUCAAAAUAAACUGAAUUGAAUUUACUGGCACAAUGUCUUUAUUAUUAAAGGUGAGGUUAUGGAUCCUUCAGGGCUCAGUGUGCCUGAAAUGAACCGUUAUGGCAAAGAUAAAAGCUUGCACAAAACUGGUCUUAAAAAUAACCAUAACAUAUAUUUGUCUGUCUAUUUUUUGGGAGUUUUUCCGGAUACCAUGUGAGGUCCUGGGAUAGGGAUGUCUAUGUGUACAGAUUGUAAAGCCCUCUGAGGCAAAUUAGUAAUUUGUGAUAAUGGGCUAUACAAAAUAAACUGAAUUGAACUGAAUUGAAUUGAUCGUUGGACGUUAUCAUUCAUAUUCAGCCCAAGACAAGCACAUGCUUUUACACCUGAGAUGCUCAACAGUGAGAUUUUACGACAGAGUUUUGUCUCUAGUCCUGAACUUUUGGUUUUGUAUUCUUUGAUAUUAAUCACUGUUCAUCACCGUCAUUGUUUGUACUAGUAGUAGUAGUAGUAAUUGUAGUAAUAGUAGUAUUUAAUGGAGUAGUAGUGAGAGUGCAUUUAUCUGUAGAUUUGACUUCCCUCUCCUCUGAGAUGAAAGGCUUUGCUUCACGUUGAGAGCAGCUGGGACAACAGAGGGAGGACUGCAGUGUUUUCCUCGUGUUUCUCCAACAACAAGCCAUCAUGUUGUAAAAAAUGAUGAGGUGGUGUCGUUGUAAAAAGAAAAUGGAACAGAAGUAACACGCAAUAAACCUUUGCUCCGUGUGUCACCGAUGCAUGUAAGAACAAUAACUGUGAUGUAAUACUCAAGCUAAGGAAGUACAUGUAUACAAGUAGAAACCUGAGCAACGAGAACCUUUCUUGAAUAUUUUUUAUUUUGAAUGUCACGUCGUACUCCUGAUUCAGAGACAAAAUAUUGAAUUUAUGACUCCACUACUCUAAAUUUAACCAAGAUGUUUCAUAUAAAAACACAUCUAGGGAAAGUAUUCAGACCCUUUAAAAUGUUCACUCUGUUUCUUUGCAGCCAUUUGCUGAAAUAAAAAAAGUUCAUUUUAUUUCUCACUCAGCACCACAUCUUGCCAGAAAAAACAUAAAUGUAGAAAUGUUAGGGUCUGAAUACUUAUUGAGUGACUGACUCUCCAGGUAACACCUGCAACACACUAUUGGAAUUAAUUUAUUAACUGCACCAAUUCAACCGUGAGGCAAUUUCCCUUCUAUCUCGUACAUAAUGACGUUCUCCUUUCCGAUUAUUUUUCAGUUCCAACAAAUUCAAAUGCAAUUUAAGAUAAGAUAAAAAUAAGAUAAGAUAAAAUAAGAUAAUCCUUUAUUAGUCCCACAGUGGGGAAAUCUAGAGGAUUACAGCAGCAAAGGGAUAAAGUCUACACGAGUGGCGUGUAAAUGAUACAGUAAAACAGUACAAAACCAGUAAAAAUCUACAGUAACAUUAUAUGUACAGACUGAAUAAGAAGAAGAAGAUUGACACAUUUAUCGUAACAUUUAUGAAUUGAAUACUGAGUAAAAUGGCACAAAUUCACAAUUUCAAAGCAAUUUACAUUUAAACUUUUUAUGGAAUCCGGCUAAACAAGUAACAUACAGAAAGUAUUCAGACACCUUUAAAAUGUUCACUCUUUGUUUCAUUGCAGCCAUUUGCUGAAAUCCAAAAAGUCCAGUCCAUUUCUCAUUAAUGUACUGGACAGAAAAAACAGAAAUAUAGAAAUGUUUGCAAAUUCAUUAAAAAAUAAAAACUGAAAUAUCACAUGGUCAUAAGUAUUCAGACCCUAAAAUGUGUUUUUUUUCUGUCUAGAUGGGGUGCUGAGUGUAAAUUAAUGAGAAAUAAAAUGAACUUUGGGAUUUCAGCAAAUAGGUGCAAUGAAACAAAAAGUGAACAUGUGAAAGGGUCUGAAUACUCUCCGUACCCACUGUAAGUUCUUCCUCCAGCACCGCUGAACACACGGCCGAGAAGCUGAAGCAGAAACAAGUGGAUCAGGAGGAAGGAAUCAGACUGAAGAAGAAACAAGUGUGUUUAUGGUCCAAACAACUUUAAUGAUUCAGAGAAUGGAGGGAGUAUCACACAAUUACGGAAAAUGUGGGAGGCAAUUCAGAAACUCAAUGAUAAGGCGAUCCUCUGAGUGUGUGUGUGUUUGUGUGUGUGUGCUCUGCACUUUGUUCCCAGCCAUUCCCAGUACAUGUGUUUAUCAGACACGAUCACUCUCAGCAGGGAGAGUUGCCUCUGACUUGACUUCAUGCUGCUGCUCUAUGAAGCCAUCGAUCCUGACACUAAAGUUAACUUUUAAUUUUUUUAUUAUUAUUUAUUAGAAUCUUGCUGUUGGUUUUUUGAGAGGCAACGAUGAUCAGCCGCAACUUUAAGAAUGUGUUGGUGGUCUCCGUCGGGUUUCUGUCUCUGUUCACGGCUUUCGGAGGGCUGCAGAGUUUACAGAGCAGCCUGAAUGCGGAGCAGGGGAUGGGCGUGGCGUCUCUGAGCGUCAUCUAUGCCUCCAUCAUCAUCUCCUCCAUGUUCCUGCCUCCCAUCAUGAUCAAAAACCUGGGCUGUAAAUGGACCAUCGUCGCGGGCAUGGCCUGCUACGUGUCCUACUCCUUUGGAAACCUCUACCCCGGAUGGUACACCCUCAUCCCCACCUCCGUGAUCCUGGGUCUGGGCGGCUCCCCCCUGUGGUCGGCGAAAUGCACGUACCUGACCAUCUCCGGGAACGCGCAGGCCGCCAGGGACGGCAAGAGAGGAUCCGACGUCAUCAACCAGUACUUUGGCAUCUUCUUCUUCAUCUUCCAGUCGUCCGCCGUGUGGGGAAACCUCAUGUCGUCGCUCAUCUUCGGACAGGACCUCACCAUAGUUUCCAUCCCAGAGGAGCAGCUGCAGUCUUGUGGCGCGGCGGACUGCGGCCUCAACAUCAGCGUCAACGGCACGACCACCAGACCGGCUCAGACUCUGGUGUGGACACUGGUCGGAUGUUACAUUGGUGUGGGCGUGCUGGCCAUGAUCAUCGUGGCCGUGUUCCUGGACAACAUCGACAGCGAGCAGUCCAGCAGGUUCCGUGGGAACCGGGAGCCGUUCUGCCAAACCUUCCUGGCUACGUUCCGGCUGCUGAAGGACUGGAGGCUCGUGACCCUCAUCCCUCUCACCAUGUACAGCGGCUUCGAGCAGAGCUUCCUCUCCGGGGAGUACACCAAGAACUAUGUCACGUGUGCCUUGGGGAUCCACUACGUGGGCUACGUGAUGAUGUGCUUUGGAGCCAGCAACUCUCUUUGCUCCUUCCUGUUUGGGAGACUCGCUCGGUACACCGGCAGAGCCGCGCUCUUCCUCUUCGCUGCGCUGGCCAACGCCUCCUGCAUCAUAGCGCUGUUGUUCUGGAAGCCCCAUCCCGACGACUUUGGUAUCUUCUUUGUGUUUCCGGCUCUGUGGGGUAUGGCGGACGCCAUCUGGCAAACCCAGACCAACGCUCUUUACGGGAUCCUCUUCCCCCGGGAAAAAGAGGCGGCAUUCGCCAACUACCGGAUGUGGGAGUCCCUGGGUUUCGUCAUUGCCUUCGCUUACAGCACCUUCAUAUGUCUGGAGUAUAAACUGUACAUCGUGCUAGCAGUGCUGCUGCUGAGCGCCAUCACUUACCCCAUGGUGGAGUACCACGAACACAAGAACCCCACGCUGCCCAUCGAGGAGGGGAGCUACCUCACUCACAAGACGGAAACCAUCGAAAGAGACGAGAGCAACAUUGUUAGCCUGACGGCCAUGUAGAGCGCGAGGUUCGCUUUUUGCUUCGCUUUAAAUCUCGUUCUGGUGCCUAACAUCAUCUGGUUGUAUCAUCUCUCAGGCGUUUGUAUAUGGAUGUGUGCAAAAAUGUCCCAAAGCUUUACAUAUUAGGGUCAAUUUGAAGAGAAUGCUAAAUAAAUGUAUCACUAUGUACGCUCUGUGUCAA